AUGAGCCAGCAGGAUGCGGCUGAGGUCCUCGCACUCUCCGAGCGCCUCCUCGUAGCUUCACACAAGGGACAAGCCGACAAUGUGGUCCAGCUCAUCAACAAGGGCGCUAAAGUAGCCGUCACCAAGUAUGGCAGAAGCCCCCUGCACUUGGCAGCCUACAAAGGCCACAUUGAGGUUGUGCGUAUCCUGCUCAAAGCUGGCUGCGACCUGGACAUCCAAGACGACGGGGAGCAGACGGCGUUACACCGGGCUGCAGUGGUGGGAAACAGUGACAUCAUCGGCGCUCUCAUCCAGGAAGGAUGUGCACUGGACAGACAGGAUAAGGAUGGCAACACUGCUCUCCAUGAGGUGUCCUGGCAUGGCUUCAGUCAGUCUGUCAAACUGCUGGUGAAGGCUGGAGCCAACGCCCACGCUAAAAACAAGGCAGGAAACACAGCUCUCCACCUUGCAUGUCAGAACGGUCAUGCUCAGAGCUCCAAGGUUCUUCUCCUGGGAGGCUCCAGGCCCGACAGCAAGAACCAUGCAGGGGAUUCAUGUCUCCAUGUGGCGGCCCGCUACAACCACGUGGCCAUGAUCCGCAUCCUGCUGGGAGCCUUUUGCUCCGUGUCGGAGAAGAACCUGGCUGGGGACACACCACUACACGUGGCAGCUGCUCUGAAUCACAAGAAGACAGUACGUUUGCUGCUGGAGGCGGGAGCUGACAGCCGCAUCUGCAACAAUGCAGGUCACACAGCUUUGGACCAGGCCAGAGAACACAACAACCCAGACGUCGCUCUUCUUCUCACCAAAGCUCCACAGGUGCAGAGCUAUGCACGUGGCAGGAGCGUGAGGAAGAGGAGAGACAAGCUAAAGGCAGAAGGCAGAGCUCAGUCUGUGCCCAGAGAUGAGAUGCUGCCCUGUAAGGACAGUGCAUCUGCUGCAGAUGACACGCAGAGCAGUGACAGAGUGGCCUGCAAACACGCUGAGGUGACAGAGUCAAACACCAGGAAAGGAAAGAACAGGAAGCAGAAAGAAAAGCCGUCUCUGUCUGAGCCGCUCCGCCGCAAAGAAACCAAGCACAGCGAAGCCUUGCACAGGAGGAAAGGCAAACUGAGAGGAGUCUCACCUCAUACACCCAUCCCUCCACACAACUAUAAAGCCUAUCAGCUCUACACACUGUACCGAGGAAAGGAUGGUAAAAUCAUGCAGGCUCCUCUGAACGGCUGCCGCUGUGAGCCUCUCAUCAAUAAACUGGAGAACCAGCUGGAGGCCACUAAGGAGGAGAUGAAGACUGAGAUCCACACCGUGCAGGACCUGAUGAACAGCAAGAUGGGCCAGCUGGACCGCAAGAACAAACACCAGAUCCGGGCUCUUGAUAAGAUGACAGUGGAGAGAGUGUCAGCAGAGAGGAGCGAGUGUGUGCAGAGGAUCGAACAGAAGGCCCUACAGGAGAGGCUGGAGGCAGAGAAGAAACAGCAGGCGUCCCUGGUCAGCGAGCUGAAGAACUGGUGUCUGUCCAAGCUGCAGAACAUGGAGGGUCGCAUCACAGGAGAGCCGGGCAGCACCAAGCUGCAGCGCUGCUCCUCAGCAUCAGAGGGCCUGAACGACGCAGAGGGAGCAGGCCUCACCGUGCUGCCCGCCACACACGGAGGCAGCGCAGAGUGCCUGGAGCUCCACAGCAGCCCCGCACUCCUGCACUCCAGCAGGGCGGAGACCAGCGUGGCAGAGGGCGGCUCAGCCAAUCACUACUUUGUGGUUCAUGUAGAGAGCUCUCCAGAUGGUGAUAAGGCUCAUAACGCAGACAUCACCUCUCCUGCAGCAGCCAGGAGCCCUCACACAUCUACCCAGGUGGUUCGCCCGAAGGAGCGCUCAAAGCCUCAGGACCUGCAGGACGUGGAGGUGACGGUGUGCGGGGCCAGCGGGGGCGGGACGCACAGAGCCAGCAGCUUGUCUCCUGCCACAGAGCGACGCUGCAGCAGCAGGACCGACAGCAGGCUGAGAGACAGGGAGCGAGGCCGGGACAGAGGGAAGCACCACAAGAAGCAUCCUCUGGGCAGGACUAAGUCCAGAGGGAACGCUGGGGGGGUCAAAACCCUGGAGGUCUUCGGAGACCAAGCUAGCGAGCCCUCCUUCGCUCAGGAGAGGGAAAACAUGCACGCUCUGGAGGUGACGCAGUACUUCUUCGAGGCGGUGUCGACGCAGAUGGAGCGCUGGUAUGAGAGGAAGGUGCAGGAGGCUCGCUGGCAGGCCGAUCAGAGGGCUCAGGCUGACAAAGCAGCGCUCAUAGAGAGGAUCACAUACCUGGAGGAUGAACUACGCAUGAUGAGGACUAACAGACACGACGACUGCUGACACACACCUCACUGUCUCCGCCCGGCUGCUUCACACACAGGCUACACUUCACUCUAUCAACUGCCAUUUAAACACACUGUAUAGAACUGAUGGGUCACUGUGUUAUAUGUAGGGCUUGCGGGGCUGGAUCACACCAGAAUGGAGUCCAGGUAUCCCAGUUUAACAGAUGCCUAAAACCAGUUCCUGCUAACUGGAGGUGUGUACAUACAGUAGUGUAGUAAUGAGGCAGCUGUCACAUACUGUGUGAUGUAAAUAAAGCAGUAGAUGUAAAGAUAGAUGUCAAAAAACUGAUCUAAUGUGCCAUUUUUAUUAGGAUCCAUUAACAUGAUGAUGACAGUGACAGCUGGCUGGAUGGAGGGAAUCACAGCAUUAUAAGCUUCUUCUUGUUGUCUGCAUGCCGGAAUCAGACUCGUGACUCUAAAAGGACGACCUGCUGUUUCUUCAUGAGAAUGUGCUCUCACUGUAUAUAUACAUGAUAAAAGAAGGUGACAUUAACACACAUGUGCAUCAUUGUAACUUCAGUUUCUUCAGUCAUUUGCUGACAUAAGCAUGAAGCUCAUCAUGUUUCUGUCUGUUGCUCUGUAUAAAAGCUUGUUGUCUCUGCUCUGUCUUGACAAUCUUUCUUCCUCAAUCACUUCACUCCUCUGCUCACACUCAGAUUAGACUGACAGGAGCAGCAGUCAGGGCUAAGAUGUGACUAUCUGGGGAUACAUGUUGGUAAGAUUUGAAAAGAUUCCAGAGCUCAGAGAAGAUGAUCCAGCUCCAGUAACUUCAUUUAGAUGAAGUCAGUGUUCAUAAUUCAGUUUGACAGCAAUAAAAAAGAAGAAUAAGCAUUGAAAUUUGAACAUUUUGAUGUUGCUGCAUGGUUUGAUGUAUCUCCUGCUUUAAUGUGCAUGGUUCAUUUAUCAUCACUCUCAGAUAAAGAUGACUACACACAGGUGCACUGACCUGUGAUCAGGCUGAAAGGAUGACAGUGGUUCUAGCAGCACACUGCAGCCUCCACACAUUUAAUAUUACAGACCCAGAACAGCCUCAAACUGAAAUAUACUGUCACAUAAAUGACAGAUCUGCUGUCACACAUCAGUCCACACACACAUACACACACACGGAGGUUACUGCAGCUGUAUAAUUCUGCUCAGAAAAUUAUCCAUAAUCCUGCAGCAGUCAGCUACAAAGUGACGAUGUUAAAAAUACUAAACAUUAUUAUUAUCAUUAAUAAACAACUCAGAGUUGAAAGCUCAGAGUUGUGCUGCAGUAUUAUUAUCUGCUGU